CAAGUUGCGCUGCAGAAUUGUGAGCUGAGGCCUGGCUAUUGCCGUGGAAGUCUAGUCUGCUGGUCCUGCAAGUUGACGCUAUGCAUCCAGACCUCGCGUCCUUGCCGACACUGCUGUGUAGUACUCUCAUGAUUCUGUGCUCUUCUGCACGGUCAGACUUGGCACCUUCUUUUAUUUCUGAACCGCUCUCUGCUGCCCAGAAACUUGGUGGACCUGUAGUGCUACAUUGUUCUGCUGAGCCUGUGACUGCUCAUAUCUCAUGGUUGCUUAAUGGAAAAAGACUGGAUAGAAACGUGGAACAAAUUAAGAUCCAUCAGGGGACUUUGACGGUUCCUUCUCUUAACCCCUCCCUUUUGGGUCACUACCAAUGCGUUGCCAAUAACAGCAUCGGCGCUGUUGUGAGCGCUCCUGCAACAGUCUCCAUUGCAGUUCUUGGUGAUUUUGGUUCGUCAACAAGGAACGUUGUUAUAGCAGAAGAAAAAAGUACUGGUUUCAUCAGCUGCAAGGUCCCAGAUAGUAACCCCAAAGCUGAGGUGCGCUAUAAAAUACGGGGGAAAUGGCUGAAACAUUCCACAGAUAAUUACUUAAUCCUUCCAUCAGGAAAUCUCCAGAUUUUGAAUGUAUCCUUAGAGGACAAGGGAUCAUAUAAAUGUGCAGUUUAUAAUCCUGUGACACAGGAAUUGAAAGUUGAACCCAUUGGCCAAAAGCUCCUUGUGAGUCGCUCUUCUUCGGAUGACCUGCACGUUCUUCACCCCACCCUCUCACAGGCACUAGCUGUGCUUUCUCAUAGCCCCGUGACCCUGGAGUGUGUAGUCAGGGGGGUCCCCGCUUCGCAGGUGUACUGGCUGAAGGAUGGCCAGGAUGCUGUGCUGGGAAGCAACUGGAGACGAUUGUAUUCUCAUCUUGCCACGGAUAGCAUUGACCCACUGGACUCCGGAAACUAUUCCUGUAUGGUGGGAAACAACAGAUCGGGAGACCUAAAGCAUGUAACUUACAUGGUGAAUGUUCUUGAACAUGCUUCAAUUUCCAAAGGACUGCAGGACCAAACGGUGUCUCUGGGUACCACAGUACAUUUCACCUGUGAUGUUCAUGGCAACCCAGCCCCCAACUGUACCUGGGUUCACAAUGCAGAGCCUGUUUAUCCUUCCCCACGACAUCAAACGGCAGGGAAUAAGCUGCAGAUCAGUGGAGUUACCUUGGAAGAUUCUGGGCUGUAUCAGUGUAUUGCAGAUAAUGGGAUUGGAUUUAUGCAAUCUACGGGGAGACUUGAAAUAAAAAAAGACAGUGGGUUCAAGCCAGUUAUACUUACAGCACCAGCAAGUUCAAAGGUGGUGGAUGGAGACAUUGUUACUUUGUCCUGCAAUGCCACUGGACUGCCUCUUCCAGUCAUUCGUUGGUACAAUAGCCACGGAUUGAUAAGCAGCCACCCAUCUCAAAUCCUUAGAUCCAAAUCCCAGAAAUCACAUGUAGUGAAACCUGAGGCCAUUAACCUGGAACCUGCUUACUUCGUCAUGUCCCGAGCUGGCUUAAGUUCUCUGUAUAUUCAGGCUGCCACUCAGAAGCAUUCUGGGAAAUACAUCUGUGAAGCUGUCAAUGAGCACGGUGCUGUGCAGUCGGAAGCAUUUAUCACAGUUGUUCCUUUGGAAACAGACCCAAAGGCAGAAACAGUGACACUGUCUGAUGCUACUCAGAGUGAUGAUGGAGGUAAAAGCGUUGGCUCAGACACUGGGUUAUUAAGCUCAUCUCCAUUGAAGUCACAUUCCAGCAGAGCCGAAUCGUCACCAGAGAAAAAUGCUAGUCGUACCUCUGUUCCCGAUGCCCCCGUUAUCCUGAGCCCGCCACAGACGCAUACGCCAGAUACCUACAACCUGCUCUGGAGGCCUGGCAAGGAUGGCGGGCUUCCAAUCAAUGCCUAUUUUGUGAAGUAUCGAAAGCUCGACGAUGCUGCGGGUGUGGUGGGAAGCUGGCACACAGUUCGAGUUCCAGGAAGCGAGAGUGAGCUCCAUUUAACAGAGCUGGAGCCGUCCAGUCUCUAUGAAGUUUUGAUGGUAGCAAGAAGUGCAGCCGGAGAAGGACAACCGGCCAUGCUAACCUUCAGAACUAGCAAAGCUAUGUUACAGGAUGUUUUUAAAAAACCAUUUCUAGAGAAGGCAGCCUCAACAAUGAACACCCAGGCAUCUGCUCCGCCCGUGGGAGUCCCUAAGCACCCUGCUGACUCGGAAACGGCAAGCAACAACUUUGGAGUGGUGCUUACAGACUCCUCUCGACAUAGUGGAGUGCCAGAGGCCCCCGACCGGCCCACCAUCUCCUCGGCAUCAGAAACCUCGGUAUACGUCACUUGGAUUCCUCGGGCAAAUGGGGGCUCACCUAUCACCGCCUUUAAGGUGGAGUAUAAACGGGUACGGAGUAGUGACUGGCUCGUGGCUGCUGAAGAUAUCCCACCUUCCAAGCUUUCUGUUGAAGUUCGUAGUUUAGAGCGAGGUUCAACAUACAAAUUUAGGGUCAUUGCCAUCAACCAUCAUGGUGAGAGUUUUCGGAGCUCGGCUUCUCGACCUUACCAAGUAGCUGGGUUCUCCAAUCGCUUUUCCAACCGUCCAAUAGCUGGGCCUCACAUUGCAUACACAGAAGCGGUCAGUGAUACUGAGAUCAUGUUGAAGUGGACGUACAUUCCAUCCAGUAACAAUAACACUCCCAUUCAAGGAUUUUAUAUCUAUUACCGGCCAACAGAUAGUGACAAUGACAGUGAUUACAAGAGGGAUGUUGUUGAAGGUUCAAAGCAGUGGCACAUGAUUGGCCGCCUGCAGCCAGAAACCUCCUAUGAUAUUAAAAUGCAGUGCUUCAAUGAAGGCGGAGAGAGCGAGUUUAGUAAUGUGAUGAUCUGUGAAACCAAAGUGAAACGCGUUCCCGGAGCAUCUGAGUACCCUGUCCAAGACUUGAGCACCCCUCCAAAUUCCUCAGGAAGUGGAGGCAACGUGGGUCCUGCAACAAGCCCUGCCAGAAGCAGCAAUAUGUUAUACCUGAUUGUUGGCUGUGUGCUAGGCGUCAUGGUGCUCAUUCUUAUGGCUUUCAUUGCAAUGUGUCUGUGGAAAAACCGCCAGCAGAGUACCACACGGAAAUAUGACCCACCAGGCUAUCUCUACCACGGAUCAGAUAUUAACGGGCAGAUGGUGGAAUACUCCACCCUGGCUGGCACAAACCGGAUCAAUGGCAACGUUCACGGGAGCUUCGUAAGGAAUGGUAGUCUCGGCAACGGCUGCUCACAUUUUCACCACAAAGUCUCCAACAGCGUCAAUGGACUUAUGAACGGGAGCUUAAAUGGAGGCCUUUGCUCUGGGCACACAAACUCUCUGACCAGGACACACGUGGAUUUUGAACGUCCUCAUCACCUAAUGAAUGGCGGAGGAAUGUACAAAGCAGUACCUCAGACCGACCCACUGGAGUGCGUUAACUGUCGAAAUUGUUGGAACAACAAUAGAUGUUUCACCAAAACCAACAGCACUCUCAGCAGUAAUCCCCUUCCCGCGCUCCCAGGGGUUGCACCUUAUCCUCAGGAUGGGUUGGAAAUGAAGCCCCUCAGUCACAUGAAGAUGCCUGCAUGUCUGGCUUCCACGGUCCCUGAAUGUGGCCAGUUAGCUGAAGAGAGCGAGAGCAUCAAGGAGAAUGUAGCGCCAGGACCUGCCCAGCACACUUGCUGCCAGGACAGUCGACGUGCAACCAGCUCUGAUUGCACAGCAGAUAGAGCGGAGUCCAACAGAGGAGAUGGCUGUGUCCCUUCGGAACCAGAUAACACAGUUUUAAGUUGGAAUCCCUUAACGUUCCCACCUGUCUCAAAGGACUGUACUGAAAAGACGGCCUGGUCUCCUGGUGUUCCCUUGGAGAGCUCCUCAGGAGUACUUCAGCAGGCUCAGGAAACCUGAGGGUGUGCACGUGGCUGGUCCUGCUCCCCCGUGAAGCCAGUAACUGCACAAAAGUGGCCCAGGACGAACUGUGUGAAUGACACUAAUUCAAAUAAGGGCAGGGGGAGGGGGUGGGAAGGGACAUUAUUUAUUUUUUUGUAGUAGAAUAUCAUAUGAAUGUAUCUUAAAAUGUUUGCCUUUUAUGUAAUUUAUGCCUUAAAAUGGUCCUACUUUGUACCUUUCCUGUUCACCGCGAUUAGGAUACGUGGUGGUUCUGUGUAGUUUUCAGUCAUGUAGAGAGCAGCAGGUGCUCAGGUUUUCCAGAAACUCGCUGACGUAAGAGCUACUCACGCAAAGGAUUCCAGCUAUUGGCCUGUUCAGCUAGAGGAGAGUGCGUGGACACUGAAGUUUGCCGUCAGGCAAGGUUUUAGAUGGGAAGUGGUUUGUCAAUGUUGUGUUAGUGCACUGCCUGAAAACAGGUCUAGUGAACCACAGUUGUAACCUGAUGUUUAUAACAACAGAUCUGGCCUGUGUGUGUUCUACUUAACCUCGGUGUGCACCUGGGCACUGACUGAGCCCAGUUGUCUAGGCACUAUUCAAAGUCAGUAUUGUGAACAUGGCUGAGUGUCAGGUCUAGUUGGAUUAUUGCAGCAUUCAGAAAGAAAACCAAGGGCAAAGAGGACAAGUUCGUCCAACUACUUAAAUGGGACACUAGUUGAUAAGAUGGGCACCAGAGGCUCCUUUGGACUUUGCUUCUAAGAUUGGAGACAAAAUAAGAUCUUAAGAGUGGUACCUUGAGAAAGGUAGUCAUUAAAAAAAAUUGUUUUAAAGAGGGAGGAGUCCACGGGUUGCACCUGGCAGACGUGUUCUACUGGAUGGUGCUCACGAUGCCACAGGAGGUGCAAAUAGCCCUCUUCUAGCUUCCAACAUGGACAGUAGCCUGGAAGAUGUGUCAGAAAAGAGGUAAUUUGGAGGGAAAGGAUAUGGGUGAUUUGAAAUAUCCUAACAUUUUUUCAGACUGUCUUUAUUGCCGGUAGACACCUGAAGCCUGAUUUAGCAGAGGUCCUAAGUCAUGACCAUUCCUGUGGUCUCUGACCAACAAAGAUAUUUAGCUGCCUUUGAAUGACUUUUUCCUGCCACAUUUAGAGAAAAAAUCAUGAUGUUUGAAUAGCUUGAUCCAAACCUUAAUGAUCACCCGCAACUUUGUGGAUUGUGCUCCUUUGGGGAAACAAACAGAAACUGGUUUCUCCAUAGUCAGACAGUUACAGCAUAAGUGAAAAAAAAGACACACACACAAACAUUUCUCAAAUCACAGGGCUUGGACUGGAAUAGCAUAUUAAUCAACUUUUAUAUAGGUGCAUCAGUAUUCCUUCCAUACGCCUGCCUAGUUGAUAAGCAGGACUGUUUGUGACCAUGAGUUGUUGAAGCUGGGCCGCUCUGCAAGAGUCUUCGUCCAGUGGAGUGGAGUGCGUGUCGUUUCCUGGAAGGAAGUCCGUCCAGUGGAGUGGAGUGCGUGUCGUUUCCUGGAAGGAAGUCCGCGCGGUUCGAGAAGGGCAGUCUGCCUUCCAGAUGUCUGUGCCUGUAGUGUACUGGAUCGGUGUUUCCUGUGGCAUGGAGGCGGUUAACUGUGUGCUUCACUUGCGUGACAAGCACAGGACAGAGUCUUAGUACACGGAAUGUGAAGACAGGCCCAGUGUUGCCAAACAAGUUACAACAAUGCUGUCACAGAGGACAUUUCUGAAAACUGCGGGGGAGCGGUGUUUGUGUGUAAAUGAUUGUAGAUAGUCAUUUUGAUUCAAGAAACUGAUGUAUUUGCAUGAGCCUUAGGUCAUAAACUGCUUUUAAAGGUGGAGUUUGAAUAUGAGAUUUGUCCAUGAGGAAGAGAAAAUGCCUUCUUUAUCUUUAGGACAACCUCAUCGUGGACUGCUUUAUUUAUAUUACUAGUAACGCUGUUUUAAGUGUUAUCUUUUUAUUGUAUGUUAUUUAUAAAAAUGCCUUUAUAUGUUGAAAUAUAUAAAUAUAUGUUCACACACAUAUGUGUGUAUGUAUACACACAUAUGCCAUAUUUAGGAGGUUUGUGUUCUCCAUAACAAUGAGUUGUUCUGAACUUUUGUACCCUGCACAGUCACCAAACACCGGGUCACUUACUGUCAUGUGAGCAGGAAAGAGUACAAUGUUGGGGAAGAUGAACUAACCUUGGCUGGGUGACUGCUGUGUCACUGAACUAGGUUCUGGUUAGCGCAUUUAAUUCUCACAAAGAAAUGGGCAGAGCGAGCAUUGUACUUCCCCAAGUCACGUACAUAAUGAGCCAUCGAGCCUGAAUUUGAACCCAACUGACCUGGAACCAUCACAUGCGCUCCUUCCACUUCCCCACGCAUUUCUCCACGGUUCUCAGAACAGUGUUGUUCACUCUUGGAUGGAACAAGUUCAGUUGUGCCCACUCCUACUGCAGGGCUCCAUGGGGCUCCAGCCUCACAGCCAGAGAAGCUACUCUCUGUUACACCCUGGCAGAGAGAGCAAUUUGCUUAUUACUUUGUCUUCUAAGACACAACAUUUCUCACCCUUGAUCCCUCCUCUCACUCGAGAACUUAAUCUUCAUUCUGUUCAGUGAUCACUCUUAAUGUUCCUUCUAGUCUUAAAAGCCUUUGUGGUUUUGUUUUGCUUUUUGGUCUUUUUGGUUGGAACAUUAAACUUUCCCUGCUUCUAUUUGAUCAUUUUACUCCCCCCACCCCACCCCAAUUUGGUUAUGCACUCAUUCUCUAAUGAAAGGUGCUGUUCAGGAUGCAAGCUAGGUUGCAAUGUUUAAAACCCUUUGGAGUAGUCUUUUUAACAAAAGCAUUUCUUUAUGGACUUUGUUUUUGUUGGACACAUAUAUGAACUUUGCAUCCAUAUGAGGCUAAGCAUGUCACCAAUCCCAUUUCAGCUGCAACACUGCCAAGAAUUUGAUCUUAUCAUUGAAUUUCACCUGUAUUGCUCUUUGAGAUGCAUGUUUUGUAUCAUAGAGAAAAAUAUGCUUUAUUUUCAUUAAGGGUUUAAUAUUGUGUUUGAAAAUGUACAUAUUUUAAAUGAUGUAGCUCUGACAGGUUUUAUUUGGUUGGUAAAGUUUUAUAUUAAAAGAGAACGCUGCUUUCAUCUAAAGAAGCAAGUGAAUACAGAGAUGCACAUAUACUCCUAUUUGUAUAAACUGCUUAUAGUUUGUGA